CAGCUGGGGGGGGGGUAUUCUAGCAGCAAGCGCUCCUUCAUGGUUUCCCCUCUAUCCCCCUUUGCCUUUGCCAUUGCAAUGCCUCUCGAUUAGCCCACAGCGGGAGGAGGUUACAGUCCCUUCUUCCUUUCAGGUAGGGCAGAAUGCUGGGCAUGUACGUGCCGGACAGGUUCGCCCUGAAGUCCUCUAAAAUUCAAGACGGGAUGGGGCUCUUUACGGCCCGGCGAGUGAAAAAGGGUGAAAAGUUUGGACCAUUUGCAGGAGAAAAGCGAAUGCCACAGGAACUGGAUGAAAACACAGACUGCAGGCUAAUGUGGGAGGUUCGUGGAAAUAAAGGUGAAGUGCUUUAUGUUCUGGAUGCUAGCAAUCCAAGGCAUUCUAACUGGUUGCGAUUUGUACAUGAAGCACCAUCUCAAGAACAAAAGAAUCUGGCAGCUAUCCAGGAAGGAGAAAACAUUUUCUAUUUAGCUAUUGAGGAUAUUGAAACGGAUACCGAACUCUUGAUUGGUUACCUUGAUAGUGAUAUGGAAGAAGUAGAGGAGGAAGAUGAAGAGGAAGCCAUUAUUAACCAGGAAGAAGAGGAUAGCAAAAACAACAACAGUAAUGGCACUCAUAAGGAAUUGCAACAAACUAAUGAAAAAGAUUGUUUUCCCUGUAAAGAGGACCAUGCUUGUCCAAACUGUGAAUCCAGUUUUGCAAGCCAGGAAAUAUUAGCUGAACAUCUUCAGACAUUGCAUCAAAAACCCAGCGAAGAAAAAGAAUUCAAAUGCAGGAAUUGUGGGAAGAAAUUCCCAGUAAAGCAAGCUUUACAGAGGCAUGUCCUUCAGUGCACAGAAAAUGUGAAUCCAGGAAAUUAUUCAAGAAGUUUUCAGUGUUCUGUUUGCAACAUAUCCUUCAGCUCAGAAUUGAGUUUUGAACAACACAAAGAAGCAUGCCGAGGAGAUGCUAGGUUCGUAUGCAAGGCUGUCAGCUGUGGGAAGAGGUUCAAGAGUAAGGAUGCCUUGAAAAAGCACAAGGAAAAUGUUCACACUGGAAACUCUAGGAAGAGGCUGAUGUGCUCAGUAUGCAAUAAGAGGUGCUCUUCAGCAGCAAAUCUUCAAGAGCAUCGAAAGGUUCAUGAAAUAGUUGAGUGUCAAGAAUGUGACAAGAAAUUUAUUUCAGCUAAUCAGCUAAAACGCCAUAUGAUAACUCACUCAGAAAAACGCCCCUACACCUGCGAGGUUUGCAAUAAGUCCUUCAAACGACUUGAUCAAGUGACUGCACACAAAAUAAUACACAGUGAAGAUAAACCCUAUAAAUGCAAGCUUUGUGGAAAGGGAUUUGCCCACAGAAAUGUUUACAAGAAUCACAAGAAGACACAUUCUGAAGAAAGACCAUUUCAGUGUGAGGAGUGCAAAGCUCUAUUCCGAACGCCAUUCUCUCUACAAAGACAUCUUCUGAUUCAUAAUAGUGAAAGAACAUUUAAGUGUGAUCACUGUGAUGCUACAUUCAAACGGAAGGAUACUUUGAAUGUUCACAUACAAGUUGUUCAUGAUGGCCAUAAGAAAUAUAAAUGUGAUCUGUGUGACAAAGCCUUUGUAACACCAUCUGUUUUAAAGAGCCAUAAAAAAACUCACACAGGUGAAAAAGAGAAGAUUUGUCCAUACUGUGGGCAGAAGUUUGCAAGUAAUGGAACUCUGAGAGUGCAUAUUCGAAGUCACACAGGUGAACGUCCUUAUCAGUGCCCCUAUUGUGACAAAGCUUUCAGCAAGAAUGAUGGAUUAAAAAUGCACAUCCGCACCCAUACAAGAGAAAAGCCUUACCAGUGCUCUGAGUGCAACAAGGCUUUCAGUCAGAAACGCGGCCUGGACGAACACAUGAGGACACACACAGGAGAGAAGCCAUUCCAAUGUGAUGUUUGUGAUUUGUCAUUCAGCCUCAAGAAAAUGCUGAUCCGGCACAAGUUGACUCACAAUCCCAAUCGGCCCAUGGCUGAAUGCCAGCUAUGCCACAAAAAGUUUACAAGAAAUGACUACCUCAAAGUACACAUGGAAAAUGUCCAUGGGGAAACUGACAGCUAAUUUUGGCUUAAAGUGUGUAGUGCUUUCGAUGCUUCUAACUCCAGAGUUCAGUCAGAUGAGUAAAUACACAAUGCAGACUGUAUAUUUUAAAAAGUGUUCAUGUAGACACUUCUUUUCUUGGGUUUUCUAUUCAAAGUAAAAGUAUUAUAUGAUCAGUGAGGUAGGAAUGAAAAUAAUUCAUGUCAUGGUGAAUCAAAACAUUAUUUCAAUUGGGAAGUUUAUUACUAAAAUAUGUUAUAAUUCUAUCAUAAUUAAUAUUUUUUACUCUAUUUCCAUAUAGUAAAACUUUAAUUCAGUCGUAGACAUAUGGGCUUAGAGUAAGGUCAAUUACUUUCGAUAUGUAGCAUUUAGCUACAUUUCUCAGUAGAACUAUUUUUUUAGCUAUACAUGCAGGAAGGAAUGGUAUAGCUUUGAUAAUUAUUGUUGAGUAAAGAAAAGCUUAUUUCCCAUGAUCUCAUCCAUUCCACAUUCAUUCUGUGGAAAAAGCAACAGGCUUUUAUUGAAAGCACAGGGUUUUCAGCAUGACAUGGUUUUUGAAAGAUGACAGACAACUUAAGGUUAAGACAGAUUUGGCCAAAUGCAUAUCCGUUAGAAAAUUCGUUAGCACUGCUCUGUUUGGCCUCCUACUUUCCUAAAAGGGAAAGGUUGUGAUAUACAAAAGUCUGAACUGUGUUUAUAGAUGCCCCAUUGGAAGCACCUGCAAACCAUUCUUUCUUUGGCCACUUAGUAUCCAUACCAAAGAUUAAAAUUAUGAGAUGAUCAUGAUCAACCAAACUGAGAUGCAGUAUCUCCAGGGUUGGCUGCUGCAAAGUGCUCCUGUUUUUUUGCUCAUGCUUUAUUCUGUUUAAGGGAACCAGGACACAGAUUUAGUUCUUUGUCCUGAUUCUGGUAUAAAUUCACUGGAAAACCCUAAACUAGCUUUUCUCAGUUUGGCACUCUCAAAUUUGUUGGAUUAAAGUAGGUAAUGUUCUUGGCUAUGAAUUCUGGGAAUUGUAGCCUAAUACAUCAAAAAAUUCAGAAUAAGAAUGAGUCUUCUAAACAUUUCCCCAUUAGAAUUAUUCCUGUUCAGCGAGGCUUUUUAAAUGGCCUGGAUUGAUUGAUUGACUGCAGACAUUUCAGAAGUAUAAAACUGGAGCUGUUUUAUUAAAUUUGAUUUCAAAAUUUUACUUUGGGCAUUGGGUGCAAAUGUACUAUUUGUGUGAAAUUCUUUAGAGCAGACACAUGUAUUUCAGGAAAAGGACAGAUAUAAGAUCCUGGAAAAAGAUGCAGCUGCUUUAAAUAGUUGAAGACAACAUUUUGUGCCUCCAAACACUGUGAAGCACUUUUUUGGUACUGAUGCUGAAGCAUUGUGUAGCUCUGAUAGAGAAUAUAUUGUAUUCUGUGCAUUUGUUAGGCUGGUUUCACAAAUGGAGAAAAUUCUUAAGUUUAGUAAAUUAAAAUUGUGACUAGGAUUUUAUUCAACUAGUUAGCGUGAUUUUUCAAGCAACACUUGCUAUUACUUAAAAUAUGUUAAUGAACUCAGAAUUUAUAUCAAAAUUAGAAUCUAUUUCAAACAGCGCUCUCUUAUCAUAGCAUUCCUAGGGAGAUUUACAAUCUUCACUGUUUAAAUGUGAUCGGGAUUAUAGCAUUGGUUGGUCAUGGACAAGGCAAAACAGAAGCAGUCCUAAGAAUGAUCUGUUGUUAAAGUGUUUAAAGGUGUUAAAAUACAGCAUUAAAUACUAAUACAAUAUUUGUAAAUGUUAAACAAAAUGAGAAGUUAAUCUCAGAAUAUUAUCCAACCCUUGAUUAAACAAAGGAAUAUAUAAACAAAGGAUUUUUUUUUUUAGCCUGAAGGAAUUUGUGCAGAUUUGAAUAAGGCUUUUGAAAUAAAUCUCUCAUAUCUGUAAAAAAAGAAAAUCCUACUAUUAUGAAGACAGAGUUAAGAAUAAUUUGUUAACUUUAUUACUUUUUCAGCAAGUAGUUCCUCUUAAUUAUUUGAGUAAUUCCUUGAAUUCUCAUGUGUGGAUAAGAAUGUAGAGCUUGCAUGAAAAGGCGCUUCAUGACUGAAAAUAAAAGGUACCAACCUAUAUUCUUUAAAGCAAGGGUGUCAAACUCGCGGCCCAUGGGCUGGAUGCAUCACACUCUGGCCACGCCCAUGCUCAGAUUUUUUUUUAGGGGGGAAAAAGUGAUGAUAUGUCACGUGACAACUCCAUGACGACAUGAGUUUGACACUCCUGCUCUAAAGAAAACAUGGGUUUGGAAAAUUAAAUUCUUUAAGUAAUACACAAUAUAACCCAUGUGCUUUCUUCCAUACAUAUAUUUAAUGUCUUAACAGUAUCUGUGCCUGGCUAUAGCAAAUAUUAGAUCUAAUUCCAUACAGAUACAAAAAAAAAAUCUGUAUUAACAUCCACAUUUAAUCUGAUGCAGGAUAAAUAUUUCCCCCAUGCUUGUUCUGAAACGCUUAGCUCUCCCUGAUUCUAAAUAAUUAUUUCAGAAUGGAGCUGAUACUCAAGCUGCCUCCUGCAACAUGGAUAUUAAAUCAUUUCUUAAAGGCUUACUUCAAAACCUAAUCUGAAAUACCCCAAAGCAGUGAAAUAUGGCAAUUUGCCCACAAAUUCUGAUGCGUAUCUUCUAAUUCCUAUAAACUUUUCCAGAACUGGAAUCUAAUGAAAACUGAACAAUUAUCUAUUUAAUCUCCAUAAUAAAGUAAUCACUAGAUG